AUGGGGCCGGCUCCCUGCUUGGGGCUGCUCCUGGGGCUGCUGGCCCUGCUGCCGGCGGCGCUGGGGCAGCGGAGCUCGGGCAGCCCUGUAAAUAGCAGCCAGCCUCAGAGCUUCGCCAUCGUCUCUUUCAAGUGGAAUCACGUCAAGGACCCUUAUGUCAUUAUACUCUGGAUACUGGUGGCCAGCUUGGCCAAAAUCGUUUUCCACUUGUCCCACAAAGUCACGCGGGUGGUUCCAGAGAGCGCUCUGCUGAUUGUUCUUGGUCUCUUUCUUGGUGGCAUAGUAUGGGCAGCAGACCACAUUGCCUCCUUCACCCUUACACCAACUGUAUUUUUCUUCUACCUGCUGCCCCCUAUUGUAUUGGACGCUGGAUAUUUUAUGCCAAAUAGAUUGUUUUUUGGAAACCUUGGUUCCAUCCUUCUGUAUGCUGUCAUUGGGACAGUCUGGAAUGCUGCCACUACUGGCUUAUCGCUCUAUGGCGUCUACUUGACAGGAAUAAUGGGCCACCUGGAUAUCGGAGUGCUGGACUUCCUCCUCUUCGGCAGUUUGAUAGCUGCAGUGGAUCCUGUAGCUGUUUUGGCAGUGUUUGAAGAAGUCCAUGUCAAUGAAGUUCUGUUCAUCAUUGUUUUUGGAGAAUCACUUCUGAAUGAUGCUGUAACUGUGGUGCUGUACAAUGUGUUUGAAUCUUUUGUUGCAAUCGGACCAGAGAACGUGACGGGGGUUGAAUGUGCCAAAGGCAUAGUGUCGUUCUUCGUGGUGAGCCUGGGUGGGACACUGGUUGGCAUUUUCUUUGCAUUCCUGCUGUCAUUGGUCAGUCGUUUCACGAAGCAUGUUAGAAUCAUUGAACCUGGAUUUGUGUUUAUUAUUUCCUACCUGUCUUACCUCACAGCAGAGAUGCUUUCACUUUCAGCCAUCCUUGCGAUAACCUUCUGUGGUAUCUGCUGUCAGAAGUAUGUCAAGGCUAACAUAUCUGAGCAAUCUUCUACAACUGUAAGAUACACCAUGAAAAUGCUGGCCAGUGGAGCAGAAACUAUUAUUUUCAUGUUCUUGGGAAUUUCAGCUGUAAAUCCAGAAAUCUGGACUUGGAACACAGCUUUUAUACUGCUGACCCUGGUCUUCAUCUCAGUAUAUAGAGUCAUUGGUGUAGUUUUACAGACGUGGAUACUCAACCACUACAGAAUGGUGCAGUUGGAGAUAAUAGACCAGGUGGUGUUGUCUUAUGGAGGACUUCGUGGAGCAGUUGCUUUCGCUCUGGUUGCACUUCUGGAUAUGAACAAAGUGAAAGAGAAAAACCUGUUUGUCAGCACAACUAUCAUUGUAGUGUUUUUUACUGUUAUUUUUCAGGGUUUGACAAUCAAGCCGCUGGUGCAGUGGCUGAAAGUGAAGAAAACUGAGCAUAGAGAGCCCAAACUGAAUGAGAAACUUCAUGGCAGAGCCUUUGAUCACAUUCUUUCUGCUAUAGAAGACAUCUCUGGUCAAAUAGGACAUAAUUAUCUGAGAGAUAAGUGGUCCAAUUUUGAUAGGAAAUUCCUCAGUAAAAUACUGAUGAGAAGGUCUGCUCAAAAAUCAAGGGACCAGAUCCUUAAUGUUUUCCAUGAACUCAACUUGAAGGAUGCAAUUAGCUAUGUGGCUGAGGGAGAACGCAGAGGCUCCUUAGCGUUCAUACGUUCGCCAAGUACAGACAACAUGGUGAAUGUGGAUUUUAGCACCCCACGCCCCAGCACGGUGGAGAGCUCUGUCUCCUACUUACUGAGAGAAAAAGCUGGACCAGUUUGCCUGGACAUGCAAGCUUUAGAGCAGAGAAGGAAGAGUAUCCGGGACACAGAAGAUACCGUCACACACCAUACCCUACAGCAGUACUUGUACAAACCCAGGCAAGAGCACAAACACCUGUACAGCCGACAUGAGAUCAUGCACAAUGAAGACGAGAAACAAGACAAGGAAAUUUUCCACAGGACAAUGAGGAAGCGCUUGGAGUCUUUCAAGAGCACCAAACUAGGAAUAAACCAUUCCAAGAAGCUCAAUAAAAUCCACAAGCGUGACCGGGGCCAAAAACGGCGAAACAGCAGUGUCAUACCAAAUGGAAAAAUACCUUCAGAAAACCCAAUACAAGAUUUUGCUUUGAAGGAAAAAGAUUUGGAAUUUUCUGAACCAGAAGAAAGUAACGAUUAUGAAACUUUGCACCUCGGCAAAGGAGUUGAUUUCCUGGCUAAUGUGACCAAGCAAAAUUUCACAGAUACACCUAGUGGUGAAAUGGACCAUGAUGUUGAAAUGACUGAAUACUCCUCUUCAGAUGACAAAUUGCCUCCUUAUACGUCUGACCAAACAAACCAAACAAAAGGUGUUUCAGAAACUCCCCUCCACUUCUUUCCAUCUUGUCUUCAAAUGCCUUGGACACAAACCUAUUCUUCCUUGGAAAACAGAGGGAAUAUAUCUCUUUCUACUCUCUCUGAGUAUGUAACUUCUUGUGACCCAGAUGUACCUGAUCUCUACUGGGAAGCAGAUACAGAUAUGAAUAACAAAGAAACAAUAAACUCAGGUUAUUGUUCUGAAGUUAGCUACGAGCCAGAGAAUUCACAGGAGGAGAGUUCUCUCUCUGUGCCUGAAGGGCUGGAAGACUCUUAUAUUAAGGAACCCCAAGAGAAGAUAAUGUUGCUUGAUGUGCAAGCAAACUACAGAUCUGCUGCAGCCAGGCGUGUACAAAGCCGACGUUCAUUUCAUAGGCCAAAACCAUUGCAACACCCUAAGCUUCAGAAGCUAGCGUCACUUCCAGCAUCUUGUCACAUCCCUCCACAUUCACUGGAACAAGAGGAAACACAGCUGUGA